AUGAUGAUGAUGAUGAUGAUGCAUCGAAUAACAUGCCUACGAUUGUUACCUCGUCGAAUCUCAACAACUGUUUCGGCAUUUGCAUCGUCAAAUGUUAGUGUAAACUUACCGAAUCCAUGUAUUGCUAUGGCACCUGAUACAAAUCACAUUGUUUGUUAUCAUCCAGAAGUACCACAUCCAUAUGAAUCUACAAAACCUAUUGAUCGAAAUGAUCCUAGUUUUGCUAAGAGCGAUGGUGUAUUUAAAUUCCAAAUUGAACGUGAUUAUGACAACCGAUUCUACAAGAAACAAUUAACGAAAAAAGAUUUCCGUUUGGAAACUGAAAAACUAUCACAAAUGUUCAAUGAGCAUCCAGCUUUAUUCAAAUUAACACCAAAACGAGAUAAAAUUCGUCGGGCACCACAAUUUCCUGAGCCAGCACCAGAUCGAUCUGGCAUUUAG